AUGGCCGACCCAGGAGGCUCGCAGCGCGCGGCGCUGCUCGCCGUGGCGUCCCUCUUCCCCGUGCCCGCCGGCGCGACCUUCUCCUACGGGACGGCGGGGUUCCGCGCCGACGGGAGCACCAUGGCCCCCGCGGUGUGCCGCGCCGGGAUCGUCGCGGCGCUGCGCUCGCUGAAGCUGGGCGGCGCCGCCGUUGGGCUGGUCAUCACGGCCUCGCACAACCCCGUCGCCGACAACGGCGUCAAGAUCGUGGACGCCGACGGCGGCAUGAUGUCGCAGGCCUGGGAGCCCUUCUCCGACGCCCUCGCCAAUGCCCCCACCCCCGACGCGCUCCUGCAGCUGGUGCUUCAGUUUGCGAAGGAUGAAGGGAUUACACUUGGUGGAGGUCACUCGGCGCAAGUGCUGUUGGCAAGAGACACGAGGCCUACUGGAGAGUACCUCCUCCACGUUGCAGUCAAAGGUAUAAGCACAAUAGUAGGCUCAGUUGCACUUGACAUGGGGAUCCUGACAACUCCGCAGCUACACUGGAUGGUUCGGAACAAAAACAGAGGCUUGAAAGCCUCUGAAGCGGAUUAUUUUACACAAAUCGCCGAGUCAUUCAGGCAUUUAUUGGAAUUAACCCCUGAUGAUAAAGGCAUCGAUGACCUAAAUGAGAAACUAAUUGUGGAUGGCGCAAACGGUAUUGGUGGGUUGAAGUUGGAACAAAUAAAGUCAAAUCUGGCCAGAUUAGACAUUCUUGUGAGAAAUUCAGGAAAAGAAGGAGAAGGAAUACUUAAUGAGAGGUGUGGUGCUGACUUUGUUCAAAAGGAGAAGGUUCUUCCUCUUGGUUUUGGCCCUAAUGAUGUUGGUGUCAGGUGUGCAAGUUUCGAUGGUGAUGCAGAUAGACUUGUGUAUUUUCAUGUUACAUCGCCUAGCAAGACUAGUGUUGAUCUUGUCGAUGGCGAUAAGAUAUUAUCACUAUUUGUCCUCUUUAUUAGAGAACAGUUGGAUAUUAUCAAUGGAGAAGACAAUAAAGGAUUAUUGCCUACAAGGUUUGGUGUAGUUCAAACUGCUUAUGCCAAUGGAGCAUCAACAGAAUUUCUUAAAAAUCUUGGUCUUGAAGUUGUCUUCACUUCAACAGGAGUGAAAUAUCUCCACAAGAAAGCUCUAGAAUAUGAUAUUGGUGUCUACUUUGAGGCCAAUGGACACGGGACAGUGCUAUUCAAUGAUGAGUUUGUCUCACGGCUUGAGUCUUUGACUGCUAGGCUUUCUGAAGCUGCAGGUUCUCCACAGCACCAAGCUGCCUCGAGAUUGGUAGCAGCAAGUCAAUUAAUUAAUCAAGCAGUGGGUGAUGCUAUAAGUGGAAUGCUUUUGGUGGAGGCUGUUUUACAGCAUAAGAGAUGGUCAUUCCAGAAUUGGUGUGACCUAUACACUGAUCUACCAAGUAAACAACUUAAGGUUAAAGUGAAAGAUCGAACUUCUAUUGUUACAACCGAUGCAGAACGAAAAGUUUGCCAACCAUCUGGCUUGCAAGAAUUGAUAGAUAAGGAAGUCGUUAAUUACUCUCAUGGGCGAUGCUUUGUGCGGCCAUCUGGAACUGAGGAUGUGGUAAGAGUAUACGCAGAGGCAUCUACCAUGGAAGCAGCGGAAAGCCUUGCAAAAUCUGUAGCACAGCAUGUUGAGCGCAUUCUCGGGUUUUGCUAG